AUGACAAAGGCAACCAACGUCCUAGUCCCCGGUGCCUGGCUCGCACCAGCCUUCUAUGAACCAUUUCUGAACGCCGUCAGCGAGGCCGGACACCCCAUCCACUGCGCCGAAUACCCAUCUCUAAACCCCGUGGACCCCACAACUGCAGAAUCUGAAAAUCCGACGCCGACACCAUUGCCCAGACGCUCCAUCGCCUCUCCGAGGGUGAAGGAUGCGAUAUCCUACUCGUCCUCGGCCGCAAGGGGUCUUUCCAAGACGGAGCGCGAGAAGCAGGGUAGAUCCGGUGGCGUCGUUGGGAUGGUUUUUGUCGCGGCGUUUAUUGUUCCCGAAGGGCCUCUCCCAAAUCUAAACGUCCCCUCAGAGCCUACCGCGACCUUCGCCGCAGACGUCGACAGCAAACUCGUCUGCAAGAUCACCGACAACGUUAAACCACACCCUACGCUGGCAUUCAACUCCCCAUCGCCCGCACCCGCCUGGGUAGAUGAGGCAUAUAGCGGACGGCUAGCGGCUAUCGUCACGAUGGCUGAUCAAGCUGUACCUCAAGAGGCGCAAUAUGGGAUGAUCGCGGCAACUAAGAGGGAUUGGAUUAUCAAAGAGACGGAGUGUAGUCAUUGCGCGCCGUUCCUCUCGAGGAUUAGGGAGUGUGUGAGGUUGGUACUAGGGCUUUUAGGGGAGUUUGAGAGGAUUUAG